CGCACCCUCUUUUUGCUCGCAGCGCUCAGCGUUUAGCCCAAAACCCCGCAUAAAAUGAUUCGUUUGCACGGUGAUGUCCACCGGAAUGAUCAAAAUGUGCUUCAGCGCAGAAUAAUACCAUCAUCUGCCGCAGAUUCUGCGUUGAAAACAUCAGCACGGAUGGUGUUCAUCUCGGUGUUCUUCUUCCAAUCUGGGAUCAGAUUGUGUCUAUCGAACUAAGACGACGACGCGCAGAUGUGUCCGAUCAUUCCGUUGUUCGUCGCGUAGUAGAUCGGAGGUACUUCACUGCUGCACUGCACUUUUCAUAGUAGUAGUUCGCUGAUAGGUACCCAGCACGGUACAUCGCGUCGCAAAGUGUUCAUUAUUGUCGGUGCAUUUUCAGCAACAUUGUUUAAAAGCAAGUUGGCGCAAUGGCAAACGAACCGAAAGUGAAUCUGGAUACGUUAUUCGAACUGGACCCGUACCUCAAAUCGCAUGAGCAGGAGAUUCGGCGCAGAAACACUGAAUUUCGGGGAUGGAUCAAACGACUGAACGAGCUGGAAGGUGGACUGAACGAAUUCACCCAAGGAUACAAGUACUACGGUUUGCACAUCGCCCAAGACAAUAGUGUAGUCGCCCGCGAAUGGGCUCCCGGUGCCAAGGAAGUGUUUCUAACAGGAGAUUUCAAUAACUGGCAAUGGUUGGCAACACCGUACGAGAAACUGCCCUUUGGAAAGUGGGAACUCAAGAUCCCUCCCAACCCGGACGGUUCCUGCGCAAUCAAACACCUGUCCGAGAUAAAGGUGAUCAUACGCAAGCAGGACGGUGCGCUGAUCGAUCGUCUGUCACCGUGGGCAAAGUACGUCGUGCCGCCACCGAAAGAGUUGGGUGUCAACUUUCAGCAACGCGUCUGGCAUCCACCGGCACACGAAAAGUACAUGUUCCGGCACCGGAAACCAACCCGUCCCCGGGCACUGCGUAUCUACGAGUGUCAUGUAGGGAUCGCAACGGAAGAGUACGGUGUGGGAACGUAUCGCAACUUUGCCGACAACAUAAUCCCGCGCAUUGCGAAGCUCGGCUACAACACGAUCCAGGUGAUGGCCAUUAUGGAGCAUGCGUACUAUGCCAGCUUCGGGUACCAGAUUACGAGUUUCUUUGCCGCCUCCAGCCGGUACGGGACGCCGGACGAGUUGAAGUACAUGGUGGAUAAGGCGCACGAGCACGGCAUAUUUGUGCUGCUCGACGUGGUACACUCGCACGCUAGCAAGAACACGCAGGAUGGGCUGAAUCAGUUCGAUGGGACGGAUGCUUGCUACUUCCACGAUGGAGCACGCGGACAGCAUACGCUUUGGGACAGUCGUCUUUUCAAUUACUCAGAGUACGAGGUGCUUCGGUUCCUGCUCUCGAAUCUACGCUGGUGGCGCGAUGAGUACAACUUCGACGGGUAUCGCUUCGACGGCGUUACCUCGAUGCUGUACCAUUCGCGCGGCAUUGACGAAGGCUUUUCGGGGGAUUACAACGAGUACUUUGGGCUGAACGUCGACACGGAAGCGCUCAUCUAUCUGGCGAUCGCCAACUACUUCCUGCACGAGAUGGACCCGAACGUGAUUACGAUCGCGGAGGACGUCAGCGGUAUGCCAACGCUCUGUCGCCCCACGGAGGAGGGCGGCGUUGGGUUCGACUACCGUCUCGGCAUGGCCAUCCCGGACAAGUGGAUUCAGGUGUUGAAGACGAAGAGCGACGAAGAUUGGAACAUUGGAAACAUUGUGCACACGCUGACGAAUCGCCGCUGGAAGGAAAACACCGUGGCGUACGCCGAAUCGCACGAUCAAGCGCUGGUGGGCGACAAAACGAUCGCUUUCUGGCUGAUGGACAAGGAGAUGUACACGCACAUGUCCACCCUGUCCGAUCCCAGCCUCAUCAUCGACCGUGGCCUGGCGCUGCACAAGAUGAUCCGCCUGAUCACGCACGGGCUGGGCGGGGAGGCUUACCUCAACUUUAUGGGCAACGAGUUCGGGCAUCCGGAGUGGUUAGAUUUCCCGCGCAUCGGUAACAACGAAUCGUACCACUAUGCACGCCGCCAGUGGCAUUUGGUGGAUGAUCAGAUGCUCAAGUAUCGCUUCCUGAACGAGUUUGAUCGUGCGAUGCACCACACCGAGGAGCAGUACCACUGGCUCGAUUGUCUGCCGGCGUACGUGAGCUGGAAGCACGAGGACGAUAAGGUGAUCGCGUUCGAGCGCAACAAUCUGCUGUUUUUGUUCAACUUUCACAGCACCAAAAGCUUCACCGACUAUCGCAUCGGAGUCGAGCUGGCGGGUAAGUAUCGCGUUGUGCUAAGCUCGGACGAUGCCGAGUUCGGCGGCUUCAAUCGCAUCGAUAAGAACGUCGAGCAUCACACAUUCCCGGAGGGUUGGGCCGGCCGUCGCAACUACAUGCAGCUUUAUUUGCCCUGCCGAACUGCCUGCAUCCUGGCGCCACAGUAAAAUAGAGGGGACAUUUUUCACGCACCAAGGCACUGGGAGGAGGAGUGGGGUUAUUUGGGGCAGGCGGCGGUUCGCGUUGAAUGCGUGCUAGAGUUAUAUCGAUCGUUACAACGUUACAGUGGUAUGUAAUAGUCUAGAAAUAGAAUCAGAAAGCAGCAAUAAACUAAACAAGCAGCAAGCACUUACUCGA